GGUUUAUAUAGCGGUGACUCAGAGCGCAGCGCGCGGAAGACACUGAACACACUCUCAGCGCAGCACAGCUGCAAGAGGACGCCACAGCCGAUCAGAUGAGAUGCCGUUUUAGAUCACUAUCAUACUUUCAAAGUUUUACACAACUUUCAAGACGACUUGUUUUGUCAGAACUUUUGUGGUGAACGUCACUCGGCGCGUAUCUGGACACUAUGCAUUGUCAAGCAGAGCUGAGAGUCGCGAGCAGCGCGCAGCUGAAAGCCGUCAGAAGACGAUACAAGACUUUCAUGAUCGACGAGAUCCUCUCCAGGGAAACUUGUGAUUACUUCGAGAAACUUUCACUUUACUCGGUCUGUCCCUCUUUAAUCGUCAGACCUAGACCUCUGCAUUCAUGCCCUGGCUCUGCUCCUCUGAGAUCGUACCCUCUCCUGUCUGUGAUCACACACCAGCAGCCCAGCAGCCUCCCGCAGAUCUCUCAGCUGUCUCCUCUCCUGCCCCUUCUGUCACCCCAGCACCCGCUCACCUCCGAGCCCACAGCCAGCGAGACGCCCGUCAGCAUCAGCAGCGAAUCAGAGACGGAGCACAGCACCCCGCGGCUGAAGAAACCCCGCCGCAGCCGCACCAUCUUCACUGAGCUGCAGCUGCUGGGCCUGGAGAAGAAGUUCCAGAAACAGAAAUAUCUCUCCACUCCAGACAGAUUGGACCUGGCUCAGUCUCUGGGACUCACACAGCUCCAGGUGAAGACAUGGUACCAGAACAGACGCAUGAAAUGGAAGAAAAUGGUGCUAAAAGGAGGACAUGAGGCUCCUACCAAGCCCAAAGGCCGACCUAAGAAGAACUCCAUCCCAAGCACAGAGGAGAUCGAGGCCCAGGAACGGCUGACGGCCAAACUAGUGGAGGAGGAGAGGCUACGAGCCGGCGCGGAAGAGGAGGUCUUCCAAUCUCAACCUCAAGAUCUCAGUACAUCCGCUACGUCCGAGUCCAUCUGUCCAGAAACCCCAGCGCAAGAACAGGCCCCUCUGUCUCCGUCAGAAGCAAUGACGACUAGCUAAACGCAGCCGUGCUGAUGCACAACCAAAGACAGCUACCGAAAGACUUUGAUGCUCCAUGGACUUGAGCAGUUGAACGGCUCCCCAAGCCUGAUUUUGAGUUGACAGUGGCCCCAAAAAGUAUAGCGGUACUUUAGACACACAAAUAUGUGUGAAUGUCAUUGCAAAACAACAAAACAUCAAACCAAGUGGCUUGCAUAACCAAAACAGAGAGAAUAAGCACACUUCUCAGGCGAAUCAUUUCACAAAAAUGAGCUUCUUUAGGUUUUAAAAGAUUAAACAGCUGGACACUGUAUUUGGACGCAUUCUGGUUGUCAAACUGUGGAUCACGUUCAUACCCGGCCAACAAAAACAUGUUCUAGGAACGUUUUGCUAACGUUCCCAUUAAGUUAAGCUAUGUUCUCUGAACAUUCUGAAUGUCCAGAUUUUAAAAUGCUUUAAAG